AUGGGAAAACUAGUAGAAGAAAAGAUGUAUCCGGAAACAGCACCAGCAACAACAAAGACUAGGAGUAACAAAGCAAGAGAGGUGAUUGAUAAUUUAGACAAUGACGAGUAUGGUGUCUAUGGUAGAGAUAGAGGAGAGUAUUCAAAACCAACCAAAGAUGUUUACCCAGAUGAAAUUAUGAUGAAAUAUCCUUACGAAACGGAUGAAUCUCAAAUUACAAUCAUCCGAAAUGAUAUGGCUAGAUUAAAAGAUGGAGAAUUUCUAAAUGAUUCAAUUAUUGAAUUUUAUAUGAGAUAUAUUAAAGAUAGAUAUGUUGCCAAGGAUUUAAAAACAUUCUUUUUCAAUUCAUUCUUUUUUAAAAGAUUGACAGACAAGAGAAAUAUUCAAGAUGGUUACAAUGAAGUUAAAAAAUGGUCGAGAAAUGAAGAUCUAUUUGAUAAAGAUUUUAUUUUUAUUCCUAUUAAUGAACAUUUACAUUGGAGUUUGGUAAUUGUAUGUUAUCCAGGAAAUGACCCUGAAAAAUCAAAACCAGAUUAUCAACCACAACUUUUAUAUUUUGAUUCAUUAUUUAAAAAAUCUACACAUGAUAGUUAUUCAAAAAAGAUUAGGGGAUAUUUAACACAUGAAUGGAAACAUAGAAAACUAGGGAAACCAUUAAAGGAAGGAUCAGAGGAUGUAUUCCAAGAAAAGAUAUUUACAGAAGACAAUCUACCAUUUUUGGCACCACAUGUUCCAAACCAAUCAAAUUAUUAUGAUUGUGGUGUCUUUUUACUUCACUAUAUCGAAUUGUUUUGUAAAGCACCAAAAAGAGGAAUACAAAGCGAAAAUCCUGCAUGGUUUAGAACAAACGAGAUACCUAAAAAGAGAAAAAUGUUGAAAUCACUCAUCUAUAAAUUGAGAAAGGAACAAAAUCCAAACGCAGACUCUGAAGAGGAGGAAGACAAGUUUAGAUUGGUCAUUGUUACGAGGAAUCCAAUUCCUGAAUCACAACCAGAUACAAGUAGCCUUGAAAUUCUAUCAAGUCUAGAGUAUCGAACGGCAAUGAGUAUUGCUCAAUCAAAUGGUCAAGAUAAAAUAGAAGAGGAAAAACAAGAAGAUAUAGAAGAGGCAGAAAAGGAAAAGAAGAAAAAGACAAGCGACAAGGAAGACGAGGAGGAGGACGACGACGUAAAGGUCAACAAAAAGAGAGUAACAAAAAAGGAUGAUGAUCAUUGUACAGAAGAUGAAAUUAGUUUUUCAGAUAGAGAUUCUCCAGAUACGCCAACUAGUAACAACAACGAAAUUAUCACUCCUGCAACCAGACGAAUAGUUGCAAAAAACACAGACAGUAGUAGUAGCGACAAUGAAAAUGAAAACCUUGUAAAAAAGUUUGAAUCGAAAUCAACUCGUGAAUCAAUGUCACCACCACCACCAACAUCACAACCAAAAGAAAAGGAAAAGAAAGGAGAUGGAAUGGAAAUUGAUGAUACACAGUCUAGUUUUGAAUUUGAAUUUAGCCCACCUCCAAAACCUCGACCAUCUCCAGAACCACCAGUCAAACCCGCGGCUGGACUCAAAUCAAAACAAUCACCCAAACAAAAACCAGCGGAGCCAUUUACAAAACCUCCAGCUCGAUACCAAUCUUCAUCCUCUUCUGCUUCUUCUUGCUCUGAAUCAUCUGGAGAUGAUAAUGAAAAGAAAAAGAAAAAGUCAUCAACAACAACCAAAAGAAAGAAACCAGAGCCUAAAACAACUAAAAAGGCUGUAUCACCACCCCCUUCAUCAGAGUCAGAGCCUUCUUCUUCUUCAUCAGAAUCAUCAUCUGAAUCAGAAGAUGAUAAAAAGAAAAAGAAAAAGAAAAAGAAACCAACAACCACAAUUAGAUCAAGUGGGAGUAAAUCAAAGGAUGCUAAUAGUGAUGGUGAUGAAGACUCUGAUGGUGACAUUAAAAUUCGUGAAGACAAACCACCAACUCCACCAAAUAUUACCACCAUUAGUGACGACGAUGAUGACAAUAAUAAUGGAGCUCAGUUGACCAAACCAAAAUCAAGAAAUGGAAAACCAGUACCUCCACCAUCAAAAAAGCUCACAAAUAUAGAUUUGUCAGAUAUGGAUGCUGAACUAGAGGAAGACUUUAAGAAAAAGAAAUAA